AAAGCGAGCGAGUCGACCGGCGGACGAGUGUUUUUCCCCUUCAAUCUGAAACAUGCCAAGGUCUUUCCUGGUCAAAAAGGUUAAGCUUGAUGAUUUCUCAUCCGCUGAUUUGGAGAGCUCCUAUGGCAGAUCCAGGGCAGACCUCAGCCUGCGCUUUCAUGAGAAAGGGUACAUCAGCGACUACAUGACCCCGGCCCCGUACGAUGGCGAGAGCGACAGCGGCAUUAAAGUUCCCUCUCCAGGACCCAUUUACGACAGCAUCCACAGCGAUUAUGGAGCGCCGGAUUCGGACCAGCCCGACAGCCCUCAGUCGGAGAUCUCCUCGGGAUACAUCAACGGAGACACCGCGGUCAGCGAGGGUUACACGGUGGACGCCUUCUUCAUCACGGACGGGAGGUCGAGGAGAAAAGCCAUCAGCAGCCCGAGGAGCAUUCAGAGGCACACGUGCAACGAGUGCGGAAAGACAUACGCCACGUCUUCCAACCUGAGCAGACACAAGCAGACGCACCGCAGCAUGGACAGCAAAAUGGCCAAGAAGUGCCCCACCUGCGGGAAGGUGUACGUCUCCAUGCCGGCCAUGGCCAUGCAUCUGCUGACCCACGACCUCAAGCACAAGUGCGACAUAUGCAGCAAGGCCUUCAGCAGGCCGUGGCUUUUACAGGGACACAUGCGCUCGCACACAGGCGAGAAGCCCUUCGGAUGCGCGCACUGCGGGAAGGCCUUCGCCGACCGCUCCAACCUGCGCGCGCACAUGCAGACACACUCGGCCUUUAAGCACUACAAGUGCAAGAGAUGCAACAAGACCUUUGCCCUGAAGUCCUACCUGAACAAGCACUACGAGUCGGCCUGCUUCAAGGGCGCGUUUGCUCCUCUGAGCCCCAUGGAAGUGUGA